AUGAACGGCCCCCCAUUCGCGCCCCCGGCUCCCGUCUGGUCGAGUGCGAAAGCAGCAGAUGGCAGAGAGUACUACUACAAUAGGCUCACCCAGCAGACGACGUGGGAGAAGCCGGACGAGCUCAAGGACGAUGUAGAGCGCGCCCUCCCUGGCACCGGCUGGGCGGCACACAUGUCAAACGGCAGACGAUACUACGUCAAGACUGGCACGACAGAGACGACGUGGGAGAUUCCCGAGCCUGUCCAGAAGAAGAUGGACGAAUACAACCAGAAUCAGCAGAAUCAGCGCCCUCCCCCUUCAGGUCCUGCCGGAUGGCCAGCGGGCCCAGCCUCGGGCGCGCCUGCCUAUGACAACAGGCGCGAACGCGACGAGUACCGCCCCGACCGACACGAUCGCCGUGAUGACCGCGACCGUGACCGCGAGCGCGACCGCCGCGAUGAUCGCGAGGCUGGCUUUGGCGGCGACCGGCCCAACAUCAGCUUCACAACGGGAACCGAGCACCUCCAAUUCUCAACCCCACAAGACGCCGAGGCUGCCUUCAUGAAGGUGCUCAAGCAGAUGAAAGUGCAGCCUGACUGGACCUGGCUGCAGGCUGUGCGCGCCGGUAUCCAUGACCCCAACUGGCGCGCCAUCCCUGAGCCGGAGAAGCGUGAGGAGGCCUUCAAGAAGUACUGCGAAGACUUGCGCGCCCAGGAGAAGCACAAGGAGCAGGACCGCCAGGCCAAGCUACGGUCCGACUUUACCGCCAUGUUGCGCUCGCAUCCUGAGAUCAAGUACUACACGCGCUGGAAGACUGCUCUGCCCAUCAUCGAGGAGGAAACCAUCUUCCGCUCUGCCAAAGACGAUGCUGAGCGCAGGGCUCUGUUUGAGGAAUACAUCAUCUCUCUGAAGAAGGCGCAUGAGGACGACGAGGCAGAGAGCAGGCGAUCCGCUCUCGACCAAAUCAUGGGUCUGCUGCAGGGCUUGGAUCUGGAGCCGUUUACGCGCUGGCAGGCAGCUGAGGAGAAACUGGAACAGAACCACGAGUUCAACAGCGACAAGUUCGAGACUCUGACUCGAAUCGACGUUCUGAACCAAUUCGAGAAGCACAUCAGGCAGCUCCAGCGCGAACACAACGACAAGGUUCAAGCCGAGCGACGCAAGAAGCACCGUGUCGAGCGCAAGAACCGCGAUGCGUUCCUCGAGCUCCUAGACGAUCUCAGGAAAAGUGGUUUGCUCCGCGCCGGUACCAAAUGGAAGGACAUUCACGAUACGAUCCAGGACGACCCGCGCUACACGGCUAUGCUUGGACAGAGUGGAUCAUCGCCGCUUGAUCUAUUCCGCGAUGCCCUGGAGGAAGAAGAGGGCAAGUUCCGCACCCUGCGCCGAAGAGCGCUUGAUGUGCUGGAGCAACAACGCUUCGAGGUUACCACAGCGACCCCUGUGGAAGAGUUCCUUAACAUUAUGCGAAAAGAUCCUCGCACCGCUGAUAUUGACGAACAGUCCAUGCAUAGCAUCUACAACUACGUCCUUGCUAAGGUCAAGAAGCGCGAGGAGGAAGAACGUCGAGACGAGGAAUAUAUUGAGCGCUCAGCUGUGGACAAACUUCGGUCUGUGAUCAAGCACCUUGAUCCACCAGUGUCUCUGUCAGACACCUGGGAAGUGGUACGUCCCCGCGUUGAAAAGACAGACGAGUAUCGCGCACUGAAAUCAGAUACCCUCCGCGAGUCGGCUUUCGAUAAAUUCAUGUUCCGCUUGAAGGAGAAGGAGAGCGAUCGCAGGGAUCGAAGUAGACGCGAUGAUCGCGACCGUGAUAGGGACAGGCGCGACCGAGAUCGUGAGUAUCGCAAUGGGCAUUCUGAUUCUCAUCGUCGUCAUCGUACGCGAACUCGCUCACCUGAACAUGAUCCGUACGCUGCAGAGCGCCGUCGUGCGGUGCAGGACAGGGAGGCGCGCUACAGGAACAACGACAGCACAGGCUUAUCUCCUCCCCGACGUCGUGAGCGUCGAGACGACGAUCGCUACGAGCGCUCCCGUCGCAGCCCCGGCGGUGAUCAUUAUGGGCUUGAGCGUCGCGAGCGUGAAGUCGAGCGCGAGCGAUCCUACGUUAGCAGGGCCGACCCUCGUGAGGCCACCGUUAGUCUGCUAGAUUAUGGCGACAGCGGUGGUCGCACCUCGUCGACUCGACGCCGUCGGGAAAGCGACGAGAGCUCUUCGAAGCGUGAUCGUGAGACCAAGCGUGCCCGCUACUCUCCACGCGCCGCCGAUCGUAAGUCGAAGACUCCCAUCCCCGAUUCCGUCGCCCUCAAGAAGGAAGAAGAAGAACGUGCUAUCCGCAGUGGAAGUGAGGAGGGUGAAAUCGAGGAAGAUUAG